AUGAUUGAGCUGGGCCUGGCUGACGGCAGCCUGAUCGACGAGCUGAUGGAGCUGACGGCACAGAGCCUGAGCCAGAGGGAGAUCCAGGAACACUUCAACAUCGUCAAGGAGAUCGGCCGGGGGAAAUAUGGCAAAGUGUUGCUGGUCACACAUCGCUUCAGGGGGACCCCCAUGGCCUUGAAAGUGAUGCCCAAAGCCUCGACUAAGCUGCAGGGCUUUCUGCGAGAGUACUGCAUCUCCUUACACCUGUCCUGCCACCCCUGCAUCGUGGGCCUCUUCGGCAUUGCCUUCCAUUCUAAUGAGCACUACUGCUUUGCCCAAGAACUUGUCAUUGGGAGGGACCUGUUUGCUGUCAUCCAGCCAAAGGUGGGUAUUCCAGAAUCUUCAGUAAAACGUUGUGCCGUCCAGAUCGCCAGUGCCUUGGAGUUCAUCCACAGCCAUGGCCUGGUCCACCGGGAUGUCAAGCCAGAAAACAUCCUCCUGUUGGACAAUCACUGCUGCCAGGUCAAACUAGCAGACUUUGGCCUGGCCCAGAAGAGAGGAACUAUGAUACGAUUUAUCACAGGGACACUACCCUACAUGGCCCCGGAGCUUUGUACCGUUGCCUUAAUGGAGGGCCAGAAAGAAGUGACCACCCCUCCGCUUAGUGUGGAGCCAAGCCUGGACACCUGGGCCUUCGGGGUGGUUAUUUUCUGCAUCCUCACGGGCUACUUUCCCUGGGAGCGCUGCAUGGACUCGGAUGACUUCUACCAGGAGUUUGCAGACUGGUGCACAAUGGAGGAGACACCAACCACUGAGGAGGACGUUCCUCCUUUGUGGCAAAGGUUCACCCCAGAAGCUAUGGAGAUGUUUAGUAAGCUCCUUGCUCCUGAUUUAGCAAAGAGGUGUACAGUGGCGGAAGUCAAAACUUACGUGGAAAAGGACUGGCUUAAAAAAGUGAACGUGAUUGAGCCGCAGCAGACAGUAGAAAAUGACAAAAUCAGGGAAUAA